CUUCAUAUGCACAUCGAGGCCAUCACGAUAUGAGUCGUUUAAAUCCGUGGACAGCCUCGGUGGACAAGGAGAAUCUUCCACCUUCAGGCAAGCGCCCACUUCAAGCGACCAGACUAUACGGUGGGACACAACAAUCUAUAGAGCGAUUGGUCAAGCCUUUCAAAUGCCCCGGCUCCGCACUCCCAACUCGCACUUCAGAGAAACCAGUUAGAAAGAGGAGGAAGGUAUCUUACGCAAAUACAGACAGCAGCGUCGAGGACGGCGAUCUGCCAUACACAAAUGAGGAUCGAUUGACGCUUGCUACCCGCGAUAUCAACAGAUUUCCCGUAUUCAAGGCCAAGGAUAAAGAAAUAGCAUUCAAGAAACGAUUUUCUGUACCAUUCAUCAACAAGAAUACUGAUGGCUACAAUCCGUACAAGCCGCCCCCGCUGCUUGGUUUGCGGCAAGGCGCUGUGGUCGUUGCAAGACCUCUUCACGAUCCCAGCGGUGAAUUUGCAAUCGUGUUAUACGAUCCUACCGUAGACGAAAAACCAGCCACUCUAGAAGAUGCCGAAACUGGAGAAAAAGUGGAAGAAAGUUCAAAGGAAGAACGUCCUAGUCAGAAAGUUGUCAAGGUCGAGGCUCCUCUCGUACAUAAGAGUCUAGCAGAGAUCUUGGGCAUCAAGAAAGCCGUAGUAGACCGGCCUAAGGUACCUGUGGUCAUUGAUCCCAAACUAGCAAAGGUCCUACGGCCCCAUCAAGUCGAAGGCGUCAAAUUUCUGUAUCGCUGUACCACAGGACUCAUCGAUAAGAAUGCGCAUGGCUGCAUCAUGGCGGAUGAAAUGGGCCUUGGAAAGACUCUUCAAUGCAUCACACUUAUGUGGACCCUCCUAAAGCAGUCCCCAGACGCAGGUAAACCCACGAUCCAGAAAUGCAUUAUUGCUUGUCCGUCAAGUCUGGUGCGAAACUGGGCAAACGAACUUGUCAAGUGGCUCGGUAAAGAUGCCAUCAAUCCAUUCGCUGUAGAUGGUAAAGCUACGAAGGAAGAGCUUACUCAACAAAUGAGGCAGUGGGCAAUCGCCUCCGGACGAGCAGUUGUUCGACCAGUCCUAAUUGUCUCGUAUGAGACCCUGCGUCUAUAUGUAGACGAAUUAAAGGGCGCUCCUAUUGGGCUUCUUCUUUGUGACGAAGGACACCGGUUAAAGAACGGUGAGAGCCAAACUUUCACAGCUCUCAACAGCCUGAAUGUUCAGAAGCGAGUUAUUCUAUCGGGGACACCGAUCCAAAACGAUCUCUCGGAAUACUUCGCCUUGCUCAAUUUCGCAAAUCCUAACUAUCUAGGUACGCGCACUGAGUUUCGCAAGCGAUUUGAGCUCCCAAUACUACGAGGCCGUGAUGCGGACGGCACGGAUGAAGAACGCAAGAAAGGGGAUGAGUGUUUGGCCGAGUUACUGACAUUAGUGAACAAAUUCAUAAUUCGCCGUACGAACGACAUACUAUCUAAGUACUUGCCCGUCAAGUAUGAGCACGUUGUUUUCUGCAACUUGGCACCUUUUCAGAAGGAUCUCUACAAACAUUUCAUUGAAUCACCUGAUAUAAAGAGCCUAUUGAAAGGUAAGGGAAGUCAGCCUCUAAAGGCAAUUGGUCUUUUGAAAAAAUUAUGCAAUCAUCCAGAUCUGCUUGAUUUUGCGGUGGACUUGCCUGGCGCAGAAAGAUGCUUCCCCGACGACUAUGUGCCUAAAGAAGCUCGUGGUCGCGAUCGAGAUAUCAAGGUUUGGUAUUCUGGGAAAAUGGUUGUCCUUGAUCGCAUGCUCGCUAGGAUUCAUGCAGAGACCAAUGACAAAAUCGUGCUUAUCUCGAACUACACGCAAACUCUAGAUCUGUUUGCGAAGCUUUGUCAGAGUCGUGGAUAUGGAUAUCUCAAGCUUGAUGGGACUAUGCAAAUUGGAAAACGUCAAAAACUUGUGGAUAAGUUUAACGAUCCUGAAGGCCGAGAAUUUGUCUUCCUGCUGAGCUCCAAGGCAGGAGGCUGCGGACUGAAUCUCAUUGGUGCAAAUCGUCUUGUGCUAUUUGACCCAGAUUGGAAUCCUGCUGCCGAUCAACAAGCCUUAGCUAGAGUAUGGCGCGAUGGACAAACAAAAGAUUGUUUCGUGUAUCGUUUUAUUGCUACUGGUACGAUUGAGGAGAAGAUUUUCCAACGGCAGUCGCACAAGCAAUCACUAUCAUCCUGUGUGGUCGACAGCGUUGAGGAUGUCGAGAGACAUUUCAGUCUUGACAGCUUGAGGGAAUUGUUUCAGUUUAAACCAGAUACGAAAAGUGACACGCAUGACACCUUCAAAUGCAAGCGCUGUCGCCCUGAUGGUCGUCAACAUAUCAAGGCGACGGCAAUGUUGUAUGGAGACACAAGUUCUUGGAAUCAUUUUGUGAACGACGGAAAGGACGGGCCACUCAGCAAAAUUCAAGAUCUGUUAUUGCGACAGGAGGCGGAAGAAGACGUCGUGAGCGCUGUGUUCCAAUACAUUAGUCACUGAAACACUGAGUUCAAACAUUGGAAGUUUACGUGUGCGGAUAACCAUGCAAAGUGGAGAUGCCCAUGUUCAUUUUCUUUACAUCAAACUGCAGAUAUAUAAAAAUGAACACUUUCAUGCCUCUCGCA